AUGACAGAGGAGUGUGUGCUGCGAUGUGUGCUGAUGCUCUGCUGUGUGCUCCUCUCGGCCAAUGCCAGCAACUGGUUGUACCUGGCCAAGCUAUCGUCAGUGGGAAGCAUCCGGGAUGAAGAGACGUGUGAGAGGUUACGAGGACUCAUCCAGAGACAGGUUCAAAUCUGUAAACGCAGUGUGGAGGUGAUGGAUGCAGUACGCCGUGGUGCUCAACUAGCGAUAGACGAGUGCCAGUUCCAGUUCCGUAACCGUCGGUGGAAUUGCUCUACUCUAGAGAGCAUGCCUGUGUUUGGCAAAGUAGUCACCCAGGGCACCCGUGAGGCUGCUUUUGUGUAUGCCAUCUCAGCAGCCAGUGUGGCGUUUGCGGUCACGAGGGCCUGCAGCAGUGGAGAGUUAGAAAAAUGUGGCUGUGACCACAAUGUACAUGGAGUCAGUCCAGAGGGAUUCCAGUGGUCGGGCUGCAGUGACAACAUUGCAUAUGGGGUGGCUUUUUCUCAGUCCUUUGUGGAUGUGAGGGAGAGGAGUAAAGGGCAGGCCUCUAGUCGGGCCCUCAUGAAUCUACACAACAAUGAAGCUGGCAGGAAGGCCAUCUUGGCCCACAUGCGUGUUGAGUGCAAGUGUCAUGGCGUGUCAGGAUCAUGUGAGGUGAAGACCUGCUGGAAAGCAAUGCCACCCUUUCGCAAGGUGGGCAACAUCAUCAAGGAGAAGUUUGAUGGUGCCACUGAGGUGGAGCAGCGCAAAAUGGGCUCCGCCAAAGUCCUGGUGCCUCGCAACUCCCAAUUCAAACCUCAUACUGAUGAAGAUCUAGUCUACUUAGAACCCAGUCCAGACUUCUGCGACCAUGACCCCCGCACACCGGGUAUGCUAGGCACUGUGGGCCGCGAGUGUAACAGAACCUCAAAGGCCAUUGACGGCUGUGAGCUGAUGUGCUGCGGCCGUGGUUUUCAGACGCAGGAAGUUGAGGUCGUGGACAGGUGCAGCUGUAAGUUUCACUGGUGCUGUUACGUCAAGUGCAAGCAGUGCCGCAAAAUGGUGGCGAUGCACACUUGCCGAUGA